GUGGGAUUUCCAGGCUUUCACAGGGCUCUGUGUAUUACUGCCUCUGUCUCAGGAUCUGUGCAGCUUCAGCGAUAGCGAGCACGGACUGCUUGUACCUUCCACAGCCAUAGAGAGGCACAUUCACACACCACACUGGAUCUCCCUUUUCUUCUUCUCUACAUGCGACUCCAAUCGGAAUAAAUAAUUAAGGAAUGUGGAAAUUACAGAAUGCCCAACAGCGUUGGAAAGAGAUUUAAACCCACCAAAUACAUCCCAGUGUCCACUGCUGCCACACUCCUGGUGGGAUCGACCACUUUAUUUUUCGUCUUCACGUGCCCCUGGUUGACUAAAGUAAUCUCGCCCGCUGUGCCUCUCUACAAUGGACUGGUCUUCCUCUUCGUCUUGGCCAACUUCAGUAUGGCAACCUUCAUGGACCCCGGUGUUUACCCCAGAGCGGACGAGGACGAGGAUAAGGAGGAUGAUUUCCGGGCACCGCUCUACAAGAACGUGGAGAUCAAGGGCAUUCAGGUCCGGAUGAAGUGGUGCGCCACCUGUCACUUCUACAGGCCCCCUCGCUGCUCGCACUGCAGCGUCUGUGACAACUGUGUGGAGGACUUUGACCAUCACUGUCCCUGGGUGAACAACUGCAUUGGACGGAGAAACUACCGCUACUUCUUCCUGUUCCUGCUGUCGCUGAGUGCUCACAUGGUGGGAGUGUUCUGUUUUGGCCUCAUCUUUGUCCUUGAUCACAGAGAAACGCUGGGAGCGCUGCACACCACUGUCACUUUGGUGGUGAUGUGCAUAGCGGGUCUUUUCUUUAUUCCAGUCAUGGGACUCACAGGUUUUCACAUGGUGCUCGUAGCUCGAGGUCGAACAACCAACGAACAGGUGACGGGCAAGUUUCGUGGAGGAGUAAAUCCUUUCACCAAGGGUUGCUGUGGCAACGUGGAGUACGUUUUAUGUAGUCCCCUAGCACCCAGGUACAUGCUGGACCCCAGGAAGAAGCCACACGUCAAAAUUCAGCCCCCGUUCAUCAGACCAGAUCUCUCAGACAGGCAAAUCACCAUCAAAGUCAGCGACAACGGUAUCCAUAGCACCAUCAUCAGCUCCAAGUCCAAAAGCAGCCUCGAUGGUUUAGAUGACAAGGAAACCCAGCCGCCGCUGCCACCCAAAGCUGAUAGGUACAACCAGCUUAAAAGCCAGAUGACCUCCAGUGAAGAGAGUUCCCUGUCUGGUAAGACCCACCCAUCCACUCCAGCCAUGUACAAAUUCAGGCCAUCCUUUGGCACCAUGCCCAAGGUCCACUACCACACUACAGAGGAGAAGAUUGUCAUAUCUGAUGACCGGAAGCCCUCAGCCAUCCUGGAAGAAGGUGUUCGUGGUCAUGACUAUCGAUCUGAGCCGAACCUGGACCUGCCUGAAUAUGCUAAUGCUCCCCUCCACCGCACUUUUCAGUCCUCGCCCCUCCAGCUGGAUUCAGACCCCAUCAACUCCCGGACUCUCAGCCUAAAGCAGGGUCAUGGCCGGCCAGAGAAGGGCCAGCUCCCAGCACUGGAGCCACGGACAGUCACUUCAACCCCCUACAAGAGUGUCUUCUCUCCCAAUAAUCUCUCCAACCGCAAUGGUAGUCUAUCCUAUGACAGCCUGCUCAACCCCAGCAUUUCCCCAGCUACUGCCAGUGAGUGCAUGGCCCACCGUGGUGUUCCCUCUGUGGGGUUCCACUCACCCUACCUGUCCACCAAAAUGUGCCACAUCCGGGAACCUGAUAUGCAGAGACAACAGGUCCCCCCUACCUACAGCCCAGUGAUAUCCCCCAGAGUGGUGGGCAGACAGUCCCCUCACCUGAGGGACAGAGACCCAUCUCCGGUGCGCUACGACAACCUCUCCCAGACCAUCAUGGCAUCCAUCCAGGAGCGAAAGGAGAAGGAGGAGAGGGAGAAGCGGCAGAUGCAUCACGGGCGCUCUCAGACCCAUAUCUAUGCCCAGGACUCUGGUGUCUUUGAUGGGGGUUAUGGCCUGCCUGCCAAUGCUUGCUACCCAGAUGGGCCUCGUGGCCCUGGGUCAAGAGGCCCAACACCUCCAGCCUAUGGAGGCUCCAGGGACAACCUAAUGGGGGUUGGACUGAUGAGCUAUGGUCAAAGAACCCCAGUGCUGCGUCAUGCUGGCUCUACACUGGGCCGUGCACCUAGGACUUCACCCACCUCCCUGCACACAGAUCAAAGCAGCAUCAACAGCAGCCAGAGCAGAACCACAGGCCCAGAGGGCCCCUAUCGCUCCCCGGCCCACCAGCCCCAUUCCCCCGCUAUGCCCCGUUCCCCUUCUUACUCCCGCCAGAAACUCUCUUACAUCAGUGCUCACGAGAGGAUAGACUCACCUCGUCUAGGGGGCCCAAGAGAGGCCAUGAAAGUUAAUGGGCAGAUGGACUGCCACCCGAGUGCCCAGGGUGCCGCCCUCAGUCCCAGUCGCCACAGUAACGUCAAAAAGGUGACAGGCGUAGGAGGCACCACAUAUGAGAUAUCAGUGUGAGCAGGGACACCGCAUCCACCAAUGACCCACAGUGGACGCUCUGCCACAGAGAGAUUCUCCUCUGUUAUUUUAAUAAGAUAACAGGCAGUCAGGGGUGCAUAGUACCCCCCUGUUUUGAAUUUACUCUCCAAAAUCAGAGGAUCUCUUUGCUCUUUUGAGGGUCUUGUUUAGCUAUAUGCCCGUGUGUGUUUGUGCCAGAGGGGUAAGUUGUCGGUUGAUAACGCUGCAGACUGUACUGUGCGUGUGCAGAGUGUUUGUCGUUAAUAUUUUGUAGUCCAUCGUCGUGGUCGUGAGAGUGGACCAUCCAGCGAGAUCAUCAAUGUUUUUACCGUCGUCUCUCAUCUGUGGUUAUGAAGCAUUUGUUGUUCCAAAUGUUACACGCAAACUUUCGCUCCAGCGAACGCUGAGGGCUGAGCAGAAACACUACAGAUCGAUUAAACACUUGACUUGCUACGGAUUUCUGCAAGAAGACUCUUUUCAGCUGACCUCAAAAAGUCAAGGUGCUUCACAUUAACUUGUACUGUUCAUGCCAUGUCUGGUGGAGAUGUGAUGGAGGUUUAUGUGGAGACGAUAUGUGCAAGGGCAGUAAAAAAAAAAAAAAAAAAAAAAAGCAACACAAGUGAGAUGAGAAACUGGAGAUGGUGACAAGGAAAGAGCUCUGCAGAACAGGAGUGGGUGUUCCGCAACUCUGACAUGGUUAUUUGAUUGGGUGAAGACUGUAUAUAGAAGAUGUUCUUAACCACAAUACAAUGACAUCACCCAUUUGUUUGGAGUUUCCUGUUUUGAAGGACUAACUUUAGGAUUUAGUUGAGUUCGUUUUUUAAAAAACACAUUUGAAACGGAGGGCACAGCUGGUCAGUUAACAUUAGUUAGCAUCCUCGAUUAGCAGAUUGCAUCUGUUUUAUACUGUGACAUCAACUGGAUGCUAGUUUUAGCCUGUGAAAAUCAGGCUUAAAACAAACUGUACUUACUGCAAAAAUCAAACAGAACAGCUGACUCAUUAGUUCUCCAACUAGUACUGGUUUAGUAUGCUAGAGAAAGUGAGGGGUGGAACAGAGGGCACUGCACAUCCCAGUGUAUCCCAUGCCUGACUGUCUCCUUUUGUUAUAAAUGGGACCAUAUUUUACUAAAUUAACACCAUGGAGUAUUAAAAAAAAAAUCAAAAAAACUUGAUUCUAGCUACUGAUACCAUGAACUCAUUUGGAAAAUGCAUUAAAAAUCAAGUGAGAUGUAGGAUUAGUGUUUGGUUUUUUGGGGUUUUUUUGAAGUCCAUAAGACUUUUUUUUUUGUAACCAAAGGUGUUGCCCCCUGUUGGCUAUUACAACAAAUGCAGGUUUAAGGCACUAACGUACUGGUUUCACUUUCAGAGGAUCCAUCCAUCCUUACAGCGCGUGGUAAGGGGUUGAGGAACACCCACUGUUCUACAGAGUACCUAACUUUUACUUUAGUUUUGGGUGGUUGCAUUCCAAAUUGAAUGAAAAAGUCUCGCUUUUAAUGAACACACUUUAUUUUUCUAAAGAAUUUUCUCAAGAACUCAUGCAUCCAGAGAUGCAGGUUGACAUUAAAUUUAAUAUUAUAAAUGUCUCCACUUCCUGUCUGUGGAGUGCAGAUUUUUAGGGUUACAAACUAACACAGCCCCGCCCCUUUACUCCAGUAAUGAGGAUUGAGUAUCUAUUCAUGGCUCUUUUUGUUUUUUCAGUUAGUGAUUUCAGCAUGAGCCACAUCAAAAGAGCUGGGGUGAUUAUAUUGUGCUCUGAAAGACCAGAAUACCUCAUCCCAGUGUUUCUCACCGAGUGCAGAAUGAGUCCACCCUGGAAGCAACCAAAUGAAACUUAGUCAAACUCAAAAAAAGGAAAAAUAUUUAGUCAAUAAGCUAUGUUUUUGCUAUAACUAUACAUAUAGGAAGAUUAAAUGAAACAAAUCAGUCUCAGUUAAAAACAAACAAAACCAAACAUUGGUCACACUUUUUUUUGUACUUUUUUUUUUUUUUAAAAAGUAAUCUUUUUAUAUGGAAUUGGUGUUUUGAGUGGAGUUUGUUCUUAAAUUAUAAUUUCAAUAAAUGGAUGAGAUUGUGAAAAAUGGGUAAAGUAGAUAGAAUUUGUUCUAUAUGGCAGUGUUAAAAACAGAAGUUAUGACAUAAUCCACAAUGAUAUGAACUGUCUAAAUGAUGAAGUCAAGGACUGGGCUUUGCAUAAAAGCAGCCUUGAUCUUUAAGUGCCAAAAGCGGCUACACACCCCAUCAUCUUCAAAGAGACAACAAAUAGGUCAUGUAAUGCUAUGUCACAAAGAGUAAAAAUGCCAAAUUCAUUCAUUUGCAGUAGCUGUCUGGUACAGCUCUGGCACUGCGGUUACUUUUUUGUUUCUUAAUCAAAAAAAAAAAAGUAAUACCUUUAAAAUAGCUGAUGAAAACUAAGUGGAGAAUGACACAACAUGCCAGAUGUUACUAGAAUGUAAAUGUCGCAUUUGGUUGCAUUAACAAUAAGCCAUUGUUGCCUUUUGGGAAGAAACUUUUUCAUACGAAGCAAACUAUGGCUGACUCACUUGACAGUGAAAUAGCAUUAGUGUUUUGUACUGAGCAGCAGGUGACACCUGUGACCAUCUCUGACUGGGUACUUUCUUGAACCUUCUGGCAAGAGUUGUCUCCCAUUUAAGGUCUCACCCAGCUGCCUUACCAAUGAAGACAGUACUGCAAAGCACGAUCACACUGUCUGUUCCAACUCCUGUAUUUGAGAAAUGAUUAAAAUAGUUUGUUGUGAGGCUGUGGUAUACAGGGCUAGUUUUUUGGAAAUUCGGAUGGGUAGAAAGUGGAAUGGCAAAAUGGAACAUCUUGAAAUCCCAGAACAGACCAAUAGCUGCUGAGUUUCCUGAAAAAGCCAAUCAAUCGUGACUCCCAGACCCUGUUUGACCACAUAUCUAAAGAGCUAAUCGAUGUCAUUCCUCUUUAAGAUGACUGCCAUUAGUCCGAUGUUUUUCUGGGAUGGACAUCACUGCAGGUCAGGGGCCAUUCCUGACAGUCAGCAAUGACUCUGUUGCGUCAGCCACAAGCUGACUUUUGUUUUCUGAAACUCAUAUAGAAAGUUCAAUGUGUAUUAAAAAUGAAGAAUAUACUGUAACUGUACAUGCGUUCCUAUUUUUGUGAAGAGGAAAUAUUUCCCAAUGACCUGAGCAGAGUAAAUAAAGUUUCCGACUCUUUGAA